AUGGCGGUGCGCGACACCCUCCCCUCCUUGAUGGCGGCCUUCAUCGCCGUCGACGUCGCCAUUGUUCUUGUUCGAAUGAUGGUGCGCCUGAAGAUGACCAGUCUCGGAUACGACGACUAUGUCAUCGCGAUCGCUACUGCUGCCUUCGUCCUCAUGUGCACCUUUUGCUUCGUAUCUCUCUCGUACGGCUUCGGCCUUUCCGACCCAGCUGUCAUCGCCACCUUCGCCAAAUACAAUCAGAUGGAGGCUUCCAGAUACUUCACCAUUGCCCAGGUUACCUACGUCGCCGGAUUCCCUGUCGUGCGAAUCAGCGUAGCGCUCGUUUUGCACCGUAUUGUCCAGGGGAAGCCUCAUAUCCAGCGCCUUCUUGUUAUAUCUAUGGUCUUCGUGGGCAUCUACGCUCUGGGCUGCCUUCUCGUCGAUGUGCUGCAGUGCAUUCCGCUCAAGGCCGUCUGGGGUGAUGGCACGGGAAAGUGUCUCACAAUAACCCAGCUGGCAGGCCUGGGCUUUGCGGUAUCGGCGCUGGACAUUGCGUCGGCGCUCUUCUACGCCAUUCUGCCCAUCUUUCUCCUCAAGGGUCUACAGAUGGGUACUAGAACCAAAAUCGCCAUCAUGUUCCUGCUGGGUCUCGGUGCCGGAACAGUUGUGGUCAGUAUUGUGCGGCUCAGGAGCUUGGUGUUGAUCGUCAGCUCCACGGACAUUGUGGCUGCGCUUGACCUCCAACUCGAAUCUUUCAUCUACUCUGUCCUAGAAUUCGGAUUAUCCAUUCUCUGCGCCUCCCUUGUGGCUCUUCGCCCCCUCGUCAAAUACUUGCCGUUUGGCAGCCAUGGCCGAAGCUCCGGCAAGCAAGGACGCUCUGGAGGAUAUGGCACUGGUGGAGGUCUUCACACAGGCGGUACCGACGAUUUCGAAAUGAGCCAUCGUCGCCAUAAUCACAGCAAAGCCGCGGAUGCGAUUCCCCUCGACAGCGACGACGCCGAGAGCGAGCGAAACAUUCUACAAGACCACCCUAGAUCCGGUAUCUGGAAGCACUCGAAAAUCAAUGUGACCUACGAAAAGAAUUCGAAGGGCAAACUCGAUAAUCCUGCCGGCGUACCAUUAUAA